AUGCAGAGGAGAGUAAAGAAGAUAGCAGAGGAGAUGGUAACAGAGGACAGGGGGAGCAGAGAAGAGGAGAGCAGCGGAGGGGAGAGGACAGCACAGAAAAGAGGAAAUGGUAGCAGAAGAGAGAAGAGGAGAGAGGGGAGCAGAGAGCGAGGAGGGGAAAAGAGAAUGCAGAGGAGAGAAGAGAUGAUAGCUGAGGAGAUGGUAACAGAGAACAGGAGAGCAGAGGAGGGGAGAGGAGAGCAUAGAAAAGAGGAAAUGGCAGCAGAGGAGAGAAGAGGGGAGCAGAGAGCAGAGGUGGGGAAAGGAGAAUGCAGAGGAAAAGGUAGCAGAGAAGAGGAAAGGGAAGAGAGCAGAGGAGAGGGGUGGAGAGCCAAACAGCAAGUGAACAGCUCACAGAGCAACUCACUCCCAAAACUUUGGAUUAUAUCCCUUCCUGCAAGAAAACUCUCUUUGGAUUAUCCCUCCGGCAACAGGAAUCGGUCCAGAAUGGAGUUGGCUUACACCAUCGUGCUCCUCAUGAGUUAUUUGACCUUCCUUGGCUCCGUCAUGGCAAGAUUGGAAGUCAGUCUAGGAGACAAAAAAAAAUGGGAUCUAAUUAGGAUGAAUCGCAUGAAGAGAGACUUGACUGUACAGCUGCUGAGUGAUGCAAUGACUGAAGGUUCUUUUGUCAGAACAGAAGAUACUAAGGACUCUAUGGUGCCCCAAAGCAGCAAUGGUGCCCAUAUCCGCGUGAAGAGAUACCGUCAGAGCUUCAGCAAUUACCCUCAGAUUUCCUACAGGGGUUGCAAAUUUGGCACAUGCAUCGUCCACGAUUUGGCCCACAAGGUCUACCAGUACACUGACAAAGACAAGGACAGCACAGCACCGGCCAGAAAAAUGAGCUCCCAGGGCUACGGCCGCAGGAGAAGAUCCAUUCCCGAGAGGAGGCUUCUUCUCCCCGUGGUUGACGGCAAAAUCCAACCGUGGUGGGUCAGCGCCAGAAGUGCUAACAGUGAAGCCCAACAGCUCGUGGAUGUUAACACAGCAUCCUUUCACCAAGAAAUCAGUGUGUCAAAGACCAAGGGCAAACUGUUGCAGACCUUGUUGAGGACUUAAACCAAGAACUGAACUAGCGGAGGUGUUGUUUUUUGGAAAAAUAAAGGUGAAAGCUAUGGCUCUCCUUUCUGUGGUCCAUGGAAUUCCUCGUGAACCUUUUAGCAAGGACCGAGGAGAGGAUAGAAGGAACCGACGAAGGCUGAAGAAGUAGUGUAAUAAGAGGUCAGAGCAUGGUCUUCAAGUUUCUGUGAUGCAAAGUUGGGAAGACUAUGGACGUUUCUGGUCCGAUGUAGGAUGUACAAUUUUGCACUUGUAAGGACCUUAGUGAGCACUGAUAAACCAUACCAAAAAAAAAAAGAAAUCGUGAUGGGGUUACAGAGAGCUUGGAGGCUUUCCGGUUGACCAUUUAUGUUCGUGGAGGUGUCAAAGGAACCGGCGAGGCACUCAUAGGACCCUACCCUUGGGUCUGAAUCUGGAAAAAAGGUGCUGUAAAGAUUUCCUUGGAUGUGUCAAAGAGAAGGAACCGACCUCAGCUAGGGACAGGCGAGUCCCACAUGUCUAUGACUUCUGAUAGUUGGAGAAGCGUGCAACUGCCAGAGUUGGUGGCUUCACCGGCAACAAAG